GUUUUCCCUUAGUCUGAGACGUCCGCCAUCAAGUAGGUGACGAAGGUAUCAAUCAACUCACGCGCAACCUCAAAACAACACCGUUCUGGCUUGCCAAUUGUGACCUCUCCUAACAUCGAACCGACAGACCACUUAGCGGAAAGGUAGCCUGCAGCUGUCCCUUCAAGCCCAACAAGUCCCGGGCCGCAUCUCAGAUCAUUCCACCAAGUCGUUCCUACGAUGCCUAUCAAUAACGUCCAGCUGCCGAAGGGCGGCUUCAACUUUGACAACUACCAGAGGAACCAUGUGCUUCAGGAGAAGGGAAUGAAGGCCCCUGGUUUGACAAAGACGGGAACGACGAUUUGUGGGUGUAUCUGGAAGGGCGGCCUCGUCCUCGGAGCCGACACGCGUGCAACAGAAGGUCCCAUCGUCGCCGACAAAAACUGCGAAAAGAUCCACUACCUCGCCCCGAACAUGUACUGCUGCGGUGCCGGCACAGCCGCCGACUGCGACGCCACCACCGGCCUCAUCUCCUCCAAACUCGAACUCCACCGCCUGCAAACGGGCCGCCAAUCGCGCGUCGUCACGGCUAUGACUAUGCUGAAGCAGAUGCUGUACAGGUACCAGGGGCACAUUGGGUGUGCGCUGGUAUUGGGGGGGUUUGAUAUCAAUGGGCCGCAGCUGUAUACGAUUGCGCCGCAUGGAAGUACCGAUAAGCUCCCGUUUGUGACGAUGGGGUCUGGAUCGCUUGCUGCCAUGGCGAUAUUCGAGUCGCGAUGGAAGAAGGAUAUGGAGCUCGAGGAGGCAAUGGAACUGGUAAAAGACGCCAUCAGCGCCGGUGUCUUCAACGACCUCGGUUCCGGAAGCAACGUAGACCUCUGCGUCAUCACCAAGGACGGCGUAGACUACAGGCGAGGCUACAGCCAGCCCAACGAAAGAGUCAAGAAGGAGAGGAGUUACAAGUUUGCGCCUGGCACAACGACUGUGCUCACGAGCGACUUCCGCAAAUACGUCGAUGUGCUGGAUGGCGAUGCUAUGGAUAUCAGCUAGAAAGCUUUGUCGCGGGUGUAAAUGGAGAAAUACUUUGUUCACAUGUAAUACAAUGCAUACUGGAUGACA